AUGAACAGGUCAGUCCUGGGUGUGACAGGUACAGUGCAGAUGAGUUAGGAAGGAGGCAUAUACCUUACCUUAGGUUGACUGAAUUUUCCGUCGCACCAUUAACGAUAUUAGCAUCACCCUACGUCAAGUUGCCUGUGCUGGGUAAAGGCAGAGACUGUAGCACUGUCCAGUGCCAGGUUGGCACAGGGAAAGUGUGGGUGACUCUGGCACUGUGGUUUGCUUAGUGCUGGGUCUGAUUGGUGUACGUGGAGGGUGAGGAGCUGGUACUGUGGGCGGGGUUGUCUCUGCUGGAUCUGAAUGACUCUCGGUGAGGAGAUGGUGCUGAACCGAGGCAAGAGCGGAGACGGGAGCAGGACAGCGGCGAGAGAGCAGUGACUACAGGCGAGCAGAUCCUGAGAGAGUGCGGGGAGAGAGAGAGAGAGAGAGAGAGGAAUCGCACGGGGAGCGCAGGCAGCAGCUGCAAGGAUCGGCGAGCAGAGCACACUCUCUCAGCCCCGGCUAUGAGGCCGGUCCUCCCGCUGUUCAUCGCCUUACUCCUGCGGGAAGGCCAUGCUUCCUCGUUUACCCUACAGCCUGAGGACAGAGUUGUAGUCGCAGGACACCCAGUCACAUUGUCCUGUGCAGUCGCAGGGUAUCAUGGGAUUGUCCUGUGGACAAAGGAUGGCCUGGGAUUGGGAGUCGAGAAGCAACUGCCAGGUUUUCCACGUUAUUCCAUUGUGGGAGACCAUGCAGCUGGCGAAUACAGCCUUCGCAUCGAUAAAGCAGAACUUAUUGAUGAUGCAGUGUACGAAUGUCAGGCAACACACGCAGCCCUGCGAUCCCAACCUGCUCGGCUGACAGUACUGAUCCCUCCAGAUAAUCCAGUGAUCAGCAGUGGGCCUGUCGUCAGCCUGAAAGUGGGAGAUUCUCUGAACCUUACGUGUCGUGCAGAUAACGCCAAGCCAGCAGCUGUCAUCACAUGGAUCCGAGAUGGAGAGCCAUUGAAAGGAGCGACCUACAUAAAGAGACUUCUGAAAGAUGGGAAAAGAGAGAGUAUAAUCAGCAGUCUGCAUGUCCCGCCAUCAGAAAUUGAAAAUGGGCAACGUAUCAUCUGCAGAGCAAAGAACGCAGCGGUCCCAGAGGGCAGGGAAACAGAGGUCACGAUCGAUAUCCAACACCCACCUCUGGUGAACCUUACUGUGGAGCCACAGCCUGUCCUGGAAGGAAGCACAGUGAGAUUCCGAUGCUCAGCCAAGGCAAAUCCUGCAGUCAGCUUGUACAGAUGGGCCAAGGGUGGUCAGUUGCUGAGAGGAGUUUUGGGUGAGACGUAUGAGACAAUUGUGGACUACACCUUCUUCACGGAGCCUGUAUCUUGCGCUGUGUCUAACCCAUUGGGAAGUACAAACAUCAGCCGAACUGUCGACGUGUAUUUUGGUCCCCGGCUGACAUCUGAGCCUCAGUCUCUUUCUGUGGACCUGGGUUCAAGUGCUAUCUUUAACUGUGCCUGGACUGGAAAUCCAUCUCUCACUAUUGUAUGGAUGAAACGAGGCUCUGGGGUGGUUCUCAGCAAUGACAACAUCAUGACUCUAAAGGCUGUGGCCCAGGAGGAUGCUGGGAAGUACGUGUGUAGGGCUGUUGUUCCACGAGUUGGUGCUGGGGAGAGGGAAGUCAGCCUGACAGUCAAUGGACCUCCCAUCAUCUCCAGCACACAAAUGCAGCAUGCUCUACAGGGCAAAAAAGGACAAAUCAAAUGUUUCAUCCGGAGUACACCUCCACCUGACCGAAUAGCUUGGUCGUGGAAGGAGAACAUUCUAGAAUCAGGGACCUCGGGACGUUAUACGGUGGAGACAGUAAGCAUGGAGGAGGGUGUGAUCUCCACACUGACCAUCAGUAAUAUUGUGAGGGCAGACUUCCAAACAAUUUACAACUGCACAGCUUGGAACAGCUUUGGUUCCGAUACAGAAAUUAUUCGCUUGAAAGAACAAGAGGCGCUCUCACUGGCUGUUGUCAUUGGCGUAGCAGUUGGUGCUGGAGUUGCAUUCGUUGUUGUCUUGGCAACCAUCACGGUUAUCUGCUGCUCACGCUCCCAGAGAACUCGAAAAAAACAUUCAUGGUGGAUAACGAAAAUCCCAUCUGGUAUACGUAUUGACAAUUGUCAAGUGAAGAGUUUUCUUCCAUCCUUUACAAAGACUAACUGUCUAAGAGAGAUUAAACCAUUGAGACGGCAUCACUUUCCUUUCAUCAACAGAAAACGAAGUUCAGUAAAUGAUGUACAAACAAGGCCACCCGUGUCUCAUUACAUCUCCUCCUUUCCCAAUUGCCAUUCAGAUGGUAAAGGUGACGUCUCUGCGAAGAAUGAUAUCCGUGUAGAGAUAGUCCACAAAGAUCAUAAUGGAACCCAGCAACCUGGAGAACAGACAACAAUUAAAAAGGUGAUGAUCGACAGAGGUGAGUUUGAGAAGGACCCGGUGCUGAAACAACUGGAAGUUCUCAAGGAAGAGGAAAAGGACUAUCAGCACAUUAAGGUUCAGCGAAUAAACAUUUCAGUAUUCAAUGAUCCUACCAAUGGCUAUUAUAGUGUCCGCACCUUCCCGGACCUGCGGCCAGCUGGCAACACCGCCACUGUGGGGUGCCCUCCUGACCAGAGGCCCAAUGUGAAGCAGCGGGUGCCUACAGGGAUGUCAUUCUCCACCCUCUACACACAGCUGAGUGCGGCUAACCGCAUGUACGAGUAUGGGCAGCGUUUCGUGCUGGGCAAUGGUAGCAGUUCCAUUGAGCUGUGCGAGCGGGAGUAUCAACGGGGCUCCAUGAGUGACAGCAACUCCUUCCUGGACAACCAGUGCAACAGCAGUGUCAGUAGCAACAGCAAGCAGGACAGCUCAGUCCAGUUCGAUGAGGCCAGCAAAGCCUCUGCCUCUUCCCACUACUCGCACUCCUCCUCACAGAAUUCAGAUUUAACACGGCCACUGCAGAGAAGGAUGCAGACCCAUGUCUAAUCCCUGGACUGACAGCAACUUUGGCACUGUUAACUCCCAACUUUAUGGCUUGGUUCUGCUCUUGAGCUUUCCCUCAGGGUGGGACCUUGAACAGACGCUUCCUCUUAUGGUAGACACGUUAUAGGCCAAGCUUCCCAAUCCCCAUCGAUUUGGAACUGCAAUAUUGCCACAUGAAGUAGCCUAGGCAUCGGAAUUGUGAGAGACUCUUGUUCCCACUUAUUCUUCCCUUUCUGGCUGAACCUAUUGUGGGACAGUGUCCUGUAAUAGCUAGGCUUAACCUAGCUGUGUUGAUUGUUUGAUAAAAACUAAUUGAUGUAUCUUAGUCUGCCAAUGACAGGCAAAUCAAGCCCAUCCAGUUCUUUAACAUGUGUCAAGGAUUAGCUAUGUUGUGAUUUUGAUAUAGCUUGUGGCCGUGGUGCCAGACUGAAUUUUUCCACCCAUCUCCCAGGCUUCCUGCAAUCCUGGUUUGAUCAGAUCAGGUUCCGUGGCUCAUUGUUAAAGCAGGAAUUUACCUCUUAGCCGACCUGAAACAUUGACAAGUGCACCAAUCUUCAUUUAUUGGUUGCUGUUAGUGAUGCUGUGGGCAUCACAGAACGCAGGGGACUGUUCUUUAAGCUUCAGUCACCCCUGUACUGGUCUGCAAAAUCAGUGCACAGCCAGAAUGACGGUUACAGAGCUUAAUGUGUGAGCUCCAGAUUCUCCACAAAUGACACAACAGUGAUUAGGAAGGAGGGCAGAAAGGGGAGAAAUGUGUUCUUCAUGGUCUUCCUGCCCUCAUAAGGCAAAUUCGAAAUAGAAUGUCCAGCCAAAGCCAUUCUUGUUGCAAAAUUCAGUUUUUUUCCAGUCCCUCCCCUCAUUCCCUGUUCUGUGCCUGUCUCAUUCUACUGCCUUUCAGUUGGAGACUUGAUCACUUCUUUUGGACAGUUAAAUCCAGAAAAGCACAUUUAUCCUGCAACGUCACAGCCAUCGUGUGAUGCAAAUGCUGGAUCAACAAAUAGGAGCUCAGCUCUUAUACAAACAGAUAUUGGGCCCUGUGAUCCUAGUUCUAGUGGAUAUAUGGGCCCUGUGAUCUACAUCCUGUACAAUCGGAUACAAAGCCCUGAGAUCCUGGCUUCCAUGCACUCAGAUACUGGGCCCUCCAGUCGUAGUUCCAGUACACCAGGUCCUAAGCCCUUUAAUUGCCACUCCUGCACACACAGAUACAGUGUUGGGCUGUGCCAUCCUAGCCUCCCACACAGACAUUGGGCUGUGCUAUUUUAGGAAGAUGAAAUCCAGUUGGAAUGCUUUGUCUCUGUCAUAUAGAUGAGUUGUUGUGACACCAUUAUUGACAAAGCAUUGGAAAACAUGUACAAAAUAUGUAAAUAACUUUUUAUCAUCCUGUACAGUGUACCAGAAGUUUCAGUGUUGUUUCUGUCACAUUGAUUAGUGCAACAUCUUCACCUUAAGUAGACCACAGUGUAACAUUCCAAUAUUGUGGAGCAGUAAACGUCCUUCACAACAUGCCAUGUUAUUCAGGUAAAUAUAUGGGCAAUGCAACUGCCCUCUGUGUUAGUAGAUUAGGAACCACACUGCCAUGAAACUUUAAGAACUUGUGAAAGAUUUAUGUGAAGCAUUGGUUACAGACAAUGCAUUUUUAUAAGAAUUUUUGAAAUGAUUUUAACAUAGAAUUGUAUAUGUGGUUGAGAGAGAGGUUAAUGCCAGUGCACCCUCAACUAUGGCUGAGAAAUUGGGAUCCUUAACUCUAUCGGCAGUCCAGACGUUGAGGUCUUAAAUCAGGUCCAUAGCAACUUCUCGAAUUUGACAAUCAAUCAGUGAAUGCAUACCUGGGACAUUCUGUGGAAGACUGUACAGUGCACAGCACAACUUACUUCAAGAAAGACAAAACAAGAGCAAAAUCAAAAUAUUCAAAAUCCCCUACCAUUUCAAAAGCAAAAUAAAUGAAUUUUGUUUUGUAAGACUGGGAGUAUUAUUCUAUCUAUAACACCAAGCCUCCCAAGUUCCUAGGUCACUUCAGUCAUGUCACUAAAGGAACUAUACUUGGGCUUUGCUUCCUAGAGCAGUACAUCUAUAUCCUAAAGUAUAAUUUCGAUCCUGCCAUUCCAUCAGGAAAGAAGUUCGGGAGCCGGUAAAAUACUUCCCCUUUCUUGCCAACUCCUUAACAUUGACUUCUGUCAGUUUUGGUGGCAGUUGAGGCUCCUGUUAGUUUUCAAGGUUAGAAUCCUAUUAAUAAAUGUAAAUCAGGGUCCUGUGAUGCAUAUGGCACCACACUGGACCUCAGUCCCAAUCCUGAGAGGGAAAGCUGAUCCAAACUGUUGGAAAUCUAGCAAGAUGUAGAUAAGAUCAUUUUUUUGAAAAGCCCUGCAGGAGGAAAGGGCAUCUAGAGGACAAUCUUUUCCCUCACUGCCCACCGCAGAAGGAAAAACCCACAUAAAAAUAGUAAUUCUUGAAAUGAAUGUACUGGUUGUACUGCAGGCUCCUCCAUUUAGAGUGAACAAGAGGAGUUGGAGCAGAGCCUCUUACUCACCAGUUUUACUAUUUUUUUUUCUCCUCUGGGCAAACAGGCUCUCUUCUCCAUAACCCUGUCUGCACUUGCCCUGCUGGACGUAACCAGUCUUAUCUCAGCAUUAUUACACUGUCUCACUUCCACCUGAUCUCCAUCCUGCCCUCAUACCAUUUUCUGCCCAGAAGCUAAUCAGGCCCGAUCAACAAUACCCUUUGAAGCUUUGACAAAGACUCUUGGUGCCAGAUUGCCUGCUUGUGGCUAAGUGCUCAAACUCUUAUCAGGAAGUUGUGGAUUCACGUCCACUCCAGAGACAUAAAUAAUGAACAUAGGCAUACAUUACAGUGCUGUGAAUGAGGAAGUGCUGCACAGUUGGAGGUCUGCCACUUGAAGGAAGCAUUGAGCUGUCUCCUCAGGUAGAACCUAAAUAAUCUCACAGCACUAUGUUAAAAAAGACCAGAGGAGUCGCUCCAUUGUUCCGGCCAAUAUAUAUCUCUCAAUCUACAUCACUGAAAACAGAUGACCUUGUAAUUAUUACAUUGCUGUUUAUUACAUUGCUGUGCACAAAUUGUCACAUUUCCAAUGCUAAACCAGUGACUGCCCUUCAAAAGUACUAAAGUGGCUGUAAAGUGCUUUGGGAUGUUCUGAUGUCGUGAA